AUGGCCGGCCUUAGAGUGCUGCCGUUUUCCACGCUCGGCGCCGGCUUUUCUCCCAGUAACACAGAUGACAGCAAUGGUGCCGCGCUCACAGAGCACAAGGUGACUCUGCAACUCCAAUUUGGAGAAAGACUGGAUCUCUUGAUCAUGGGCACUCAAUCGUGA